AUGGAGAGCUGGUCACCAGAGAGCAGGGCGGCAGUCCAGAUUGCUUUCAAUGCAUUGCGUGAAACUAUUAGCAAAGAGGCCCAGAACGAGGUCGAGCAUCGUUUGAAAGAAGACAGCCGAACACGCGCGCUUCUUACCGAUGAGCUCGAAAUCCUGAGGUCCCGCUCCGCCGAGGUGGAUCGCUUGGAAGAAGAAAAUCGAAAACUCCGGACGAAACUGCUGCAAUUCCAUCAACAAACCCGAUCUACCGAGUCAUCGAGUGACAGCCCCCGCCCGAACUAUGUCUCCCGCGACCAAGGUACCAAUACAGACCCCAUGUCAAUAGCCACUUUUGAAAAAGGCAGUGAACUGGAACAAGUCUUGCGCGAGAGUCAGAAGCUCCGCAGAAAAUACAAUGCACUGGACCAGAACUUUAAGAUUCUCAAGUUAGAGUUCAACAAAAGGAGGAAUGAGAACAAGAAAUGGGAGGAAUACGCAACGAGUUUGGAAGCCAAGAUAAAACCCUUUAAGCAGUCGCGAAGGGAGCUAGAUGAGAACACGCAUUCAACAGAAGCGUUACCAGAACCUACUAGACCUCAGGCUGUCUUGACCUCAGGUUACGCUUCAGAUCCCGGAGAUGGGCCAGCAUCGACGCGUUGGACUGCGGAAUCUACAAGGCAUAUUCCUCUUGAACCCGUUCCUGCUACAACCACUUCUACAGCCAUCACCGCCAUUAUUCCUCCAGGAAAGGGCACAACCCGGGAUCCAACGCCAGGAGAAUCGACGGAAGGGGAAGCAACAGAUGGCAGCAAGGAUGAAGAUAUUAUUACCCUUCCACCUCUGAGACAACCUCCCAAAACCGAUUCUGAUAUUCGCAUCAAACCAGAACCUUCCUCUGAUGGUCCGGUUGUUGUGUCGGAGCGCUUUGUUGGCAAGAGAAAACAUCUGGAUGACUGCUCCACCGAGCAACAAGGACGACGUCGAAUCAAGGUUGAGAGCUCGAAUAUUACCGGAGGCCCUUCCACCAGCCAACUUCAACAAGAAAGUAUGGACCUAGACGAGGUUGGCCAGAAACUUAGUACGCCGAGAAAGAACAGAAUAUUACCCACUACUGUCGUCGAAUCAGAAAGGAUGGAUACUGGAAGAGCGAAGACAACUGCUCCCUUGUUUGUCAGACCUGACAACAUGGGUACGCCGACAGCAAGAAGCCUUGACUCAUCAGCAGUUCUGACGCCUGUCAACCCUAAUGCUCGUCCGGUGCGGCCAUACGAACUUAAGACUGUGGAAAAGCCGAUCAAAAAAGGGCUCUCCCAAGGCAUAGAAAGCCUUGCUGAGGACGGACUUGCCUAUAAGAAGUCAGGCCGUGGGGUGCCGGCCGAAGCACAGCUUCGCACACCACAGCCCACUGGUCGCUUAAGCACGCUGUUGAACAUGCCAUCCCCGGAGCAGGCUCCUGCCAUAGUACGGUCAGCACCGCGGCUUCGUGGCACGCAAUGGGCGUUGGCAGACGAUGGGCCUCAAUUUCCUGAGCGCCGGGAGCUGCCGUUCAGCAAGGAGCGUCGGGAGAGAUCGAAAGAAACCACUGCUAUUCAAAAUGAGCUCGGCGAGACUGUAGAACAUGGCACCCCACGCGCACUUGCUCGGAACCGUAGCGGGGCUCACACGCCAUCACCCGCAGUUAGAGGAUCAUUACGAGCAAAGCCCAUGGCUAACAUGCGUCUUGAGGAUUUCAAGGUGAACCCGAAGUUCAAUGAUGGUUCAGACUACGCAUAUUCGGAGGUAGUCAGAAGCAAAGACGAUAGGGCUUGCUUACCUGGCUGUACCGACAUGAAUUGCUGCGGGAAACAAUUCCGUGCCAUGGCACUCGCCCAGAGAAACAACGUCGAACGCACAUCGGCGUCAGACACUAAGCUCUUCGAAGACUACCUGGGUGACAGGGUCUCAAUCACUUUGGGGAUGUCCAAAGCAGAAAAAGACGAGUUGUGGGUCGAAGCCAAGACAUGGCAGCUUGCCAACGAGCUGGGCAAGCACCGUCACCGAUAUGCCCGAAGACCGUCUCCCCCAGGCUUCUGGAACGCGGAUUUUCCUACCACACAAGAGGUGGAAGAUGAGAAGUCUGAAGCCGAGAAAAGGGAGAGGCAGUUGAUCCAGGAGAGGUACCGUGAGGCGAUGAGGGGCGGAGGACGGUGGAUAUUCAGGGACGAAUGA